UGAAUCUGCUUAUAGGAGCUUCUUGUCUCUCAACACACGGCGUUCAAACUUCGGUGGGAUAAAAAGCUGCGUUUAUAAAAGAAAGCGACAGGAUUUUGUUUUGUUGACAACUUUCUCCAUCGUUAAACGGGCUCCGUUGGAUUUGUGACUCUCGCUUUUUUUAAAUAAUCCCUAACUACUUUUUAUCCCCUUCAGAUUUUUUAUUCUCGUGUACGUGUUCGCCUCAGCAGCCUGUCCUCUUCAUCCUCCGUCUCCUCAUCGUCUCAGUCGGAGGCAGAUCGCCGCAUCCCUAAACGCGUUUUCCUGCAGGUGGAACUCGUUUUGGGCGCGUUCGGUUGAUGUAGGGGUUUAUUAUGAGCCGGUGAGCUUCAUGUGUCGGGGAAGAGUCUCUCAGAGCCAAAAUGCCGGUGAGACGCGGUCAUGUGGCGCUCCAGAACACCUACCUGGACACGAUCAUCAGGAAAUUCGACGAGCAAAAUCGCAAGUUUUUGAUCGCCAAUGCCCAGAUGAAGAACUGUGGGAUCAUCUACUGCAAUGAGGGCUUUUGCCAGAUGUUUGGUUUCACCAGAGCAGAGAUCAUGCAGCAGUCUUGUACCUGCCAGUUCUUGGUUGGUCCUGGUACCAUGAAGAGUGCCCUGGCCCAGCUGGCCCAGGCCCUGCUUGGGUCUGAGGAGCGCAAGGUGGAAAUCCUCUACUACUCCAAAGAAGGAAUCUGCCGACCGUGCCGUGUGGACAUCGUUCCUGUUAAAAACGAAGAAGGCCACGUCAUCAUGUACAUCCUGGACUUCCAGGAGCUCCUUGAUGCCUCGCUGAAGAAGUCUGCUUUCAGGCAGAGAGUCUCUCAAGGAUGGCUUUAUUGUCAGAAUCGCCGGCUGAAGAUGAGGCUGCCGGUGCUCCGGUCGAUGAAACGACAUUCACUCUCCAAAGAUCAGUGUGAAGGAGUGGUGGUCGAUUACCUGCAGCCAAACAGUGAAGAAGUCCCUCUGAAAGAGUUUCGGAUCCCCUCUAAGGAGAGCUGCAUGCAGUCUGAGACUGAAGCUCUGAUAGAGCAGGACGUGGACCCCCCCUCCCCUGUGGCCCAGUCCUUCACUAAACGGUGCUCCCUGCUGACGGAUCGACUGGAUCCCGGCGUCGCCUUCGCGAGGGGGACGCUACCUCGAAGCUGCUCCAGGGAGAGCGUCCGCAGCCUGAGGCGAGCCUCAUCUCUGGACGACAUCGACGGCAUGAGGGCGGAGUGGAACAGCCGACCCGGAGAGCCCAGAAGCAACUGCAAUCUGAAGCCCAGCGCUCUGAACUCCACCUCCGACUCGGACCUCAUGAGACACAGAACCAUCAGCCGCAUCCCUCAGGUCACCCUCACGUUCGGAUCUGACCGGCUGAGACCUCCAUCACCCACAGAGAUAGAAAUUAUUGCACCGAGCAAGGUCAAAGAUCGCACCCAGAACGUCACGGAAAAGGUCACUCAGGUCACACAGGUGUUAUCUCUUGGUGCUGACGUUCUACCAGAAUACAAACUCCAGGCUCCACGCAUCCACAGAUGGACCAUCCUUCACUACAGCCCCUUCAAAGCAGUCUGGGACUGGGUCAUCCUGCUGCUUGUCAUCUACACGGCCAUCUUCACUCCGUAUUCCGCCGCCUUCCUCCUCAACGAGGCUGAAGACGAGCAGAGCUCCUGUGGCUACACAUGCAACCCGCUCAACGUGGUGGACCUCGUGGUGGACGUCAUGUUUAUCGUCGACAUCCUCAUUAACUUCAGGACCACCUAUGUCAACCACAACGACGAGGUGGUCAGCCACCCGGGUCACAUCGCUCAGCACUACUUCAAGGGUUGGUUUCUCAUCGACAUAGUAGCUGCCAUCCCGUUUGAUCUUCUCAUUUACCGCACCGGGUCACAGGAGCAGACCGAACCUCAGACUCAAACCACUCUGAUUGGGUUACUGAAGACAGCCAGAUUGCUGCGGUUGGUGCGGGUGGCCAGGAAGUUGGACCGUUACUCAGAAUACGGAGCAGCUGUACUUUUCCUGCUCAUGUGCACGUUUGCGCUCAUUGCCCACUGGCUGGCCUGUAUCUGGUAUGCCAUCGGCAACAUGGAGCGCACCGGCUCUGAGCGCAUGGGCGGCAUGAAGAUCGGCUGGCUUGACAACCUGGCUGACCAGAUCGGGAAGCACUACAACAGCAGUGACAGGAUGUCGGGUCCUUCCAUCCAAGACAAGUACGUCACAGCUUUAUAUUUUACCUUCAGCAGCCUGACCAGCGUGGGCUUUGGCAACGUCUCCCCCAACACCAACCCGGAGAAGAUUUUCUCCAUCUGCGUCAUGCUCAUUGGCUCUCUGAUGUACGCCAGCAUCUUUGGGAACGUGUCUGCCAUCAUUCAGAGGCUCUACUCUGGCACAGCCCGAUAUCACACUCAGAUGCUGCGGGUCAAAGAGUUCAUCCGCUUCCACCAGAUCCCAGGAGGUCUGAGGCAACGGCUGGAGGAGUAUUUCCAGCACGCCUGGUCCUACACCAACGGCAUCGAUAUGAACGCUGUUUUGAAGGGUUUCCCAGAGUGCCUACAAGCAGACAUCUGCCUUCAUUUGCACCGCAGCUUGCUGCAGAACUGCAAAGCUUUUCGAGGUGCUAACAAAGGCUGCCUGCGAGCCCUGGCCAUGCGGUUUCGUACCACCCAUGCGCCGCCGGGUGACACUCUGGUCCACAGUGGGGACAUUCUCACCGCUCUCUACUUCAUUUCCAGAGGUUCUAUAGAGAUUUUAAGAGAUGACGUGGUGGUGGCCAUACUUGGGAAGAAUGACAUCUUUGGUGAACCCAACAGCCUGUAUGGAAGGCCAGGGAAAUCCAGCGCUGACGUCAGGGCUUUGACCUACUGUGACCUUCACAAGAUCCUGAGGGAUGACCUGCUAGAGGUGCUCGACAUGUAUCCUGACUUUGCUGACGUGUUCUGGAGCAAUCUGGAGAUUACCUUCAAUUUAAGAGACGCAGAUAGAGUAAACCAGGCAACCCCAAGCAGGAACUCUGAAUGUGGCUGCCGUCUGACGAGGCAUCGAAGGAGCUCGCUGCGUCGCCGGAACAGGCCAGAUGGAAUGGAUCAUGAAGAUCACCGUCUGAGCACAGCGGCAGGAUGUCACUGGGGAGAUCUCUGCAGUAGUGGAAGUGUUUGUUCACAGUCUAGUGAUGAGGAAAUAAAGCAUGUGCAGCACAAGAAAGAGUUGUACGUUCAUGGAGGCGACAGCAGGAACUACCAGCCUGCUGUGGUCAGCCUCCUGCCUCACAGUGGGCCCUCGGCUGGAGUGGGACAGACCGUGGAGCUCGGAGGUCCUCCAUACUCAGCGGCGGCUCCUGCCAGCAUGUCGGGUCUGUAUGGAUACUGGGCAGAUCGCAGGUCCAGCCAGCUGUCGGACAACCAGAGAGGACCGUCCACCGUCAGGUCCAGCUUCCAGCCUCUGGUCUGUGCCGAGGAUCGUCCUAGAGAGCUGGAGUCGAGACUUGAGCUGCUUCAGUCUCAACUGAACAGGUUGGAGACCCGUAUGACUGCAGAUAUCAACGUGAUCCUGCAGCUCCUCCAGAGGCAAAUGGCUCCUGUGCCUCCAGCCUACAGCACUCUGUCCCCCACGACUCACCUGUCUCACCCAACCACUCUGUACAGCUCAGGAGCCUCCACCCUCCACGCCAUCCCCCCAGUCCAGAUAGACAGCUCCGCCCCGCUGCUGCAGAGCCCAGACUCUGACUUUAAGGAUAAGUCCAAAGACUCCCAGUCCAGUGGUAUCCAGCUGACUGUGGCGUUGGAUGAUGCCAUGUCACCAUUAGCUGACCCUCCACUUCUGUCCUCUGUGGAUCUGACCUCUGCUCAGCUGUUGUCCUCUAAUGCCCAAGAACCUCCUGGACUUCUAAGUGGAAACCAGCGCUUCCCCUCCCUCCCUGAGCACCUGGAGACCUCCACAGAAAUGCAGGAGAUCCAAAGGCACGUCUCUGAUCCCAUCCUGCCUGGCAGCUAGAACAGCAUAGUCCUUUUAAAAAGCCAUACGUGCUGCAGAUUGUUGUGUUCCCAUCCUCCGGCAAACCCCAUUUCCUGCUGAGAUGUUGCCGUAGCCCGCGGGACAAUUAGCUCUCUGCAUCACAGAGAGUUCAGAGUGCCUCAGCAUUCCUUCAGGUCCUGUGCAAUGAAGAGAUUAUUCCUGCCAACAGGGUCAUAAAAACAUUGUCAAUCCCAAACUAACAGUACAGCACACUGACACAAAAGCAAUCACUGGAUCGGACACCAGAAAUCACAAACUGCAACCCCAGACUCAGGAUUAAUAAUAAACAGAAUUUAAAUGGAAAUGUUUAAUAAAUAUCUGCAUUCACUUAUUUUUCUAUUUAAAAGUUGCACAUUUAAGCUGGAGUAAAUAAAUAAACUGUAAUAAAUAUUUUUAUAUUGUUAAAAAUGUGCGGGAUACAUAAAACACCACGCACGUCAUGAAAAUAAAAACCGAGUGUUUGGUGUUCAGCGUUUCUGCAGCGUCUGUUGGCUGAAACACCAAAUGAGAAACUGUUGGACGCACUGGGAAGGAUGGAGGGUUUACGGUGGGACUCGAAAUUUUUCACUUUCAUCUCACAUUUCUCAUUCUGUUCUGACAUGAAUCAAGUAAAAUUUCAUCAUGAGAAAGUAUUAUAGUAAACCAGAUCAAACUCCAUAUGCUCUGUACGUGUGGGCGUGGUUUUAGUUACGACAGCCUGUUCUGUUGGUCUGUUUUUCUCUGUUCUCAGAAUUUAAAUAAGGCUGAUGUUCAUCCGAAAGUGCCAGCGUAGACGGAGACAGUGUUCUUGUUUUUUUCAUUUCAAACAGGCACUGAGUAAGGAGACAGAUCUAAAUGUUUUCUGUUCAGUUCAGAUGAUGUCACAGUUCCAACCACGGGGGCUGCAGGAUUUUGCAAGCAUUUACAAUUCUGUACAAUGUUUGUUAAAGCACAAAUUCAUGUAUGUUUUUUUUAAUAAAGACACCAAGAAGCA